ACCAAUAGCGUUGAAGGAUGGAGAGCUUGCCUGGACAUGUUCCUCCAGAUUCGUCCUCUGUCUACCGGCUCCACGUGUCCGCCGUAUGGUGUUCUCUUGUUUUGAUUCCAGGUGUAGCGUCACACGUUGGCAGAAAUGUCUGCUCCAGGCCCUCUGAGCAAUGGUGGGGCUGCCCAAACUGUUUGGGGACCCCUCAACAUCCAGUCAGCUACUCUUUCUUCUGUACUAGCAAAAAGAUCCUUACGGAGGAGACGGAGAAAAACGAAGCACAGAAAGGAAAACAGUGUUGUGGAAUGUCAGGAAAUGUGUAAACUUGAAAAACCCAAGAAAAGAAAAUCCAGUGAGUCCCUGGAGGAGCAGGGCAGUGAAGUCAGGUCGUCUGACAACUCUGACAGCAGGCGUGAAGCACCUUCAGACAACUCACUGGACAGCACACAACCUGUGAAGGCCAAAAGGGCCAAAUUAACUACACACUCUGUAGGUACAGCCAAGACUUCUUCCUUGCUUAGUGACAGCUGGGAGGUUGACAGUGGCUUUUCUUCAGAGACCAGCCCUCCCACCAGUGGCCGGAGUUCACCUUGCAUUGGAAAUAACCCCUCAAUGCUGGUGGCUGUGGACUGUGAAAUGGUGGGGACUGGCCCUAAUGGACACUGUAGUGAAUUAGCCCGAUGUAGUAUAUUAAAUUAUUCUGGAACUGUAAUUUAUGAUAAGUAUAUCAUGCCUCGCAAUCCUGUUACAAACUACCGGACACAGUGGAGUGGUAUCAAGGAGGAGCACUUAAAACAGGCGUUGCCUUAUGAGGAAGCAAGGAAAGAGAUCCUCCAUGUCCUUAAAGGGAAGAUAAUAAUUGGCCAUGCCUUGCAUAAUGACUUCAAAGUCCUGGGCAUCGCCGUACCACGUAGUAGGACUAGGGAUACUUCCUCCUUGUGUCUGCUGCGACAGCUGUAUGGUACUCCUCAACAGUGUAUCUCGCUGAAGAAGCUGGCCCAAAAUCUUCUUAAUAGGAAAAUACAAGUUGGCAGAGCUGGUCACUGCUCUGUAGAAGAUGCUCUUGCUGCUUUGGACCUCUACAAGCUGGUAGAAGAGGAGUGGGAAAAGUCCCUGCAGGCCCACAUCCAGAACUCAGAUUUCAUCCCAGAGCCCACUGCCUCCCUGGAACACUACAUGCAGGACCAAUAUUGGCCAGAGAGUUUGACAGACUGCAACUAAUGAGAUUGUAACCAUGUACACUUGAACAGUGUAUUGAACAGUUGUCACUCCUUUGCAUGCAAAAAAAGCUGAUGGCAGCUUUUUCUAUGGAGUUUUCCCUUUUUGAUGCAAAUGAAUCAGUUCAUUAUGUUUGUCCAGCUCCAACAGGGGUCCAUUAUAUCAGACAUGUAGUAACUAGGGAGGUUAAAUAUUUUCAGACAAGUUUUAAAGUACUAAAGCAUUUAAAUUUAAGAGAUAUUUAUGCACUGAAAUUAUUACGUAAAAUUUUAACAAGACAAAUGUAGUUAUUCGCUAAACAUCAAGUACACCCUUUUACACUUUAGAACUCACUCUGCUGCAGCUUUAGUCAUUGGUUGAAGUUGCGUGCAGGAAAAAGUACUCAAGUCCCCACCUCCAGGCUGCUUUUUGCUGACCUGUUUGGGAAGUAUUACUACAGUACCUGUCCAUCCAGUCACAAGGUCGUUGAAAUUGUUCAGUUGAACUGGUGUAGUUCUGUGCCUCAGAUACAAAGGGUAACGCACAUUCACUUCUGCUACAGAUUUAAACUGUAGAUGUUAACAGAUUUAGUUGAAAAAUGAUUCUGUGCUGUUUUGCUUCACAAAUUUCCAAAUUUAAGAACUAUCCUAAUAACAUUUGGGGCUCCUAAAACUAUCAGUGUAGGUUCACACUAAAGUAAUUAAGCCUUUAUAUGAUUUUGACAUGCCUAAUGAUGUAUUGAAAAUUUAGAGCUAAAUGAUCAGUGUUCAUCAGACUUCUUCAUAACUGCUGAACAGUUGCGAGCUGCAGUUAAAGGUAAUGCAACUAAAUAAGUCAGCACUGUAACUUGAAUUACAAUACACAGGUUGUGUACCUGAGCUCUUAUGGAUUCUUACCUGUCGGUUUGUGUAAUCGGUGCUUCUCAGUUAUAUAUUUUUUUUUCAAAAGUCUCUUUUUGGAAGAUACAUAUUUAGAUGUGGUAAUUACAUCUCAGGUAGUGUUUUUGCCAGUAUUUAAUUCUGUUAGUCAAAAAAAGAGAUUGAAAUGACUGCUGAGCAGAAACAGUACACUUUAACCCUAUGGGUGACUGUCAUAACCAAUAAUAUGGUGUUAUAACACAAACUACUUGAGAACUGUACAUGCCAGUUGACGUUAAGACUAGGUAUUCGUUGAUCUUUUUAAAGGUCUGUUCACUAAAACACUCUGUACAUGGCCAAUACGGCACAUAACAUAUUUAUUGUAACUUGCUGGGUGCCUAUAUAUAUAAUAUUAUAUAUAUAUAUGUUGUAACAUAAAUACAUUACAAUAAAGGGACUAAAAUAGUACAAUACAUGUUAUGAAACUAAAUUCCUGGUUUAUUUAUGCAGAGUUUUCUUGUAGCAGCAGCUGUAAACAGUUUUAAAAAUGUGACAUGUUGGUUAUUUAUUGAUUAAAGUUUG